AUGGCCCCGAAAUCGCCCUGGAAACAGACUACACUCAACAUCAAUGCCCAGAAAGCUGCCGCCGCCGUCAGUGAUGCAGCCUCACCAGCUAUCAACUAUGCAGAAGUCCAGGCCGAGGAGAUCGAAGCUCUGCAGGCCAUUUUCAUGGAAGACUACGAGGAAAUAGCAGUCAAAAGUGCCUGGAGCAAGACAACUGAUCGAAGCUUCACAUUGAAAUUACGGCCCUACUCCCUGGACUUGGCGAAGCCUGAAGAUUUCGUGGUUUUGAGUGGAAAGAUCACGGCCACCUACCCAAAAUCCGUCCCUCUGCUGGAGAUUCAGGGCUUGGAAAGCUUCCAUGAACGCACGCAGAAGCGCAUUCGCAACAUCAUCGAAUUACGGCCCAAACAGCUGCUUGGUGAUGUGAUGAUCCAUACCAUCGCGAUGGAGGUUCAGGAUGCUCUCGAGGAUGCAGUAACAGCACGAGCUCAGGGAGCCCUGCCAAGCCUCGAAGAGGAGCGUGCUACAGCAGAGACAUUUGCUCUCAAUCUGGCAAGGGAAGCUGAGGAGGCAGAGGCGCGCCGUCUGCAGCAGGUUCAGGAAGAGGAAGAGCGAGUUCUCGAGCAAAUGGUGAAUUAGUCCAGCAAUUCUGGCAGACUUCAAGCUCAUCUUUCGCAGGUUCACCAGGAGAUAAAUCGACGAGACAAGCGGAGGUCUCUCAAACCCGACGCGGACAUGCUCAGUCUGAACCACGACAUGGACGUGUCAGAAACCAUAAUCUUUGAUCAAUCGGCAAAGGUGAAGGUACAAAGCGAAACGAUAUCCUUCCGCGAGGUGACUAUAACGAGCUCACUUUCAACCGGUCCGACUCGCACCUACCUUGGUAAACCCAAGACUCUGGAACCCAACGUGCCGUUAGUCGCUAUCGUACGGCGCAAGGUGGAGAAAGAUCGUAAGGACAUAAUCGAACUGGAAGCAGUACUUGAUGCGGUGCAUCGUCUACACCACACGUCGCUCGUCAACAUCCUCACUUAUCGUGUUGAGCGUAUAAACAACUGGAACUCGACACUCACGAUAUGUCGCGAAUAUGCAGGUGAGUCAGACGAGACUCUCCAGAGCCUGUGGACAAGACUAGCUACCAACCUGCUCCCCGCUGGCGCUGGAUCAGAUGUUGUCGCGCAGACACUGACGAGAUGAUAGACCGAGGCUCUUUGCACGACCUCCUCUCCUUGAGCGACCUUCACGUCAGUAAAUGUCGACAGUUUACAACCCAGCUGCUGGAAGGGCUGGAGUAUCUACACCAGAACGGAAUGCCGCACGGAGGCGUGAGCACAAAAUCAAUAUACCUAUCUAGUACCCCAACGCUUUGUCCCAAGCUGGCAGACUUUGGUUAUGCGUCCAUUAUCGGAAUCAAAGAUGAUGCUUUUCAUGUAAAAUGGAGGGCACCGGAGAUGGAUACAUCACUUUCUGGGCGUCGACAGGCCGACAUCUGGCACCUUGGCGUUGUAUUCCUACAGAUGGCCCUUGGAUUGUCGGUGACUAGCCAGUACUCUUCACCUUCCGCUCUGAUAAGCAGACUUCGCCUCUCGGAUGCUUUUGAGGAUUUGGUGAGCAAAUUCUUUGCAGACACCAAGAAGCGUCCCUCCUGCUUCGAUCUGCUCCCAACAGAGUUUCUCCGAACAGACAGCCCGGUCUUGAGUGAAGACGCGUCCAUAAAAAGACACCACGCGAGAAAGUCUAGUUCUGGCAUUGCGAGCCCACUUCAUCGGCGUUCCCGCCACAAUUCAUCGAGUAUACAUGACGCGUUGUCCUUUUCGCGGUAUGUAAAGGACUUCACCGAGCUAGGGCGGCUAGGCAAGGGUGGAUUCGGCGAGGUUGUUCAGGCUCGCAACAAGCUUGACGGCGGUGUUUACGCCGUCAAGAAGAUCAGACAAGCACCGCAACUACUAGACAAGGUACUUUCGGAGGUAAUGUUGCUGAACAAACUCAAUCAUCCAUACGUGGUGAGAUAUUUCAGCACUUGGGUGGAGGAAGACUACUCGACCUCAAUUCAAGAAGAAGCUGUUUCAACAACCGAGGAAGAAACGGUAUCGGAUAGCGAGAGUCGCAUGGAUUUCGGGUACCAGAGCACUGGAGGGUUGGACUUCGUUAGCUCCAGUGGCUAUGCUGGAAUCGAGUUCGGUGAUGAGGACAGCGAAGAAGACACAGGUCCUGAGCCGGAAGAGGAUGACUUUGAUCCAUUUGAUAGAGGGACUGAUGGUACUGCUGACAGGCCCGCUCAUGGCGCGGUUGCCAACGAGUCCAUGGGGACCUCCCAGGCUAAUAGCCUGGGACUCAAGAGAACUCAAUCCGACUCGCGUCGGUCGACUCUCUACAUCCAGAUGGAAUUGUGCGACAGACGCUCUCUCCGCGACCUGAUCCGUAAAGGAAUGGACGAAGAUGAGGCUUGGCGAUAUAUGCGUCAGAUUACAGAAGGCCUUGCCCAUAUUCACGGCCAUGGGAUCAUACAUCGGGAUCUCAAGGUAAGUAAAACCCAGUGAACAAGUCGGCAUGCUCUCUUGGCGCACUACCAAAGCCAUGUCAAUCAACAGCUAACUCAGACAGCCCGAAAACAUCUUCAUCGAUGCGACACUGAAUCCAAAGAUAGGUGAUUUCGGCUUGGCCACUACAGGAAGAUACACGGACUUGCAAGCGGGAUCACAGUCGAAGGGAUCUCCAAACGACACCAUGACCAGAAGCGUUGGCACUGCUCUGUACACUGCGCCGGAGCUUCUGUCCACGUCGCGAUCGGCCUACAAUGAGAAGGUGGACAUAUACUCUCUUGGCAUCAUGUUCUUCGAGAUGUGUCACACGUUCCGUACUGGCAUGGAGCGUGUCAACGAGCUACAGGCACUAAGGCGCAGAGAUCAUGAGCUACCGUCGGCAUUCCAGGCUCAAGCCAAUGGCGAAAAGGCAGCGCAGGGCAAGCUCAUCAACCUACUCAUAUCUCAUAAACCAAGUGAGCGUCCAACUGCCUCAGAGCUGCUACGCAGCGACAUGUUACCUCUCAGGAUCGAAGACGGCGCAAUUCGACAGGCCUUGAGUGGAUUGUCCGAUCCCAAAUCCCCGUAUCAUCAGCAACUCAUGUCUGCAUUAUUCGCACACGAUACUGCAAGUGCACAGCGUAUAAAAGCGCGCGCGUGGGAAGCCAAGGCACAUGGAAAUGCGGAAGACGUCGCUCGCACCCGUCUACGAGGAAUUGCUCACGAGUCCCUUCAAACAGUGUUCAGGAGACAUGGCGCCGAGGAAGCCAGGCGGGACAGCAUAUUUCCUCGUUCCGGCAUCUACACCAACCCCAACGUGGUGCAGCUUUUGGACGCUUCUGGAAAUCUUCUUCAGCUUCCGUAUGAUCUGACGCUUCCGCAUGCACAGCAACUCGCCCGGCAAGGAUCGAACCUACGGUGCUCUUUCGCUUUUGGGUGGGCUUAUAGGGACACCUUCAAUGGUGGCCCGCCAAGAGCAAACGAAGAAGCUGACUUCGACAUUGUCAACGUUGGGCGUGAUGACGACUUGGCUUUGGACGAUGCAGAAGCUAUCAAAGUCAUGGAUGAGAUUACUUCAGAGCUGCCUGGAUUUGCAACCUUGCAAGGCAUCUGCUAUCAGGUGAAUCAUUCUUCGCUUCUCGACGCCAUACUGGAUUUCUGCCGGGUGCCUGCGAAGCAGCAGCAUGCUGUCAAGGAGACACUGAGCAAGCUUGGAGUUCAUCAGUGGACUUGGGCGAAAUUACGACCCGAGUUACGAGAUCUCGGUCUCUCGGACACAACUUUGGAUGAUCUAUACCAAUUCAACUGGCGUGAUAGCGUGUUCGACAAAGGCGUCGGCCGUCUACGAGACCUAUUUGUUGGACUUGAGUACCCCCUAAAGGCCAGAGUCGAUGAUGCUCUUCACCAUCUCGCGCGCGUCUUCGCGACCGUCCAAAAUUUUGGCAUGCAAAGACAACUCUACAUAACACCACUCAGCUGUGUCAAUGCCAAGCUCUACAACGGCAUACUGAUACAGUGUCUUCUGGAGAAGAAGAAGAGCUCCGUUGUCCUUACUGCAGGAGGGCGCUACGAUGCCUUGAUUGAAUCCUUCCGGAACGCAGACAGCCCAAGGCAAGGAGCUGUGGGUCUCUGCAUCGGCAUUGAUGGCAUAGUAGGCCACAUGUCGAAGACGCUUACACUGCGAGCCAAGAGUACAUUCCUGAAAGAUUCUGGAGCGUCUCAUAACAAUCAACACCUACCGGGGCGCUGUGAAGUUCUUGUGGUAGCCAGCGGUACAGAGCGCCUGCGAGAUGCCGGUAUCAAAUUGAUCUCUUCACUCUGGGCCAACGACAUCAGCGCCGAGCUGGCGAGAGAAUAUGCCACAUUUCCCGAGCAAAACUACAGCUUCAUCGUGGGAAUGCGGCAUGAGACCUCGACGACAGUGAGAGUAACGAAUCAGCUGAGCGACACCGACGAAGACAUCCCGCUGCCUCAACUAGCAAGCCAUCUCCUCCAAGAACUCCGCGACCGAGCCACCAGAACAGCCCGCCAGUCCCCUCCAUUACUCCGCAACCAUUCCAGUCACCAGGAACACGACCGCCGCACCGACAACGUCCAAGUCCUCAUGGCCCGCCACGGCAGCAAGAAAUCGAACAAGUUCGGCAUCGUCCAGGCAGCCCAACAACGCUGGUCAGAAAAGCUGGAUCAGAUCAAAAACGCCCCGAUCCUCGCCAUCGAAACUCGUGACGAAGUCUUGAAUAUGAUUCAGAAUACACGAUUGAGUGAUGGGGAGAGUUGGCGGAAAGCGAUACAGGGCGUGCAGCUGAAUGAGAGGCAGUAUCUGAAAGAGGUGCAGGAUAAAUUGGAGAGCUGGAGGGCGGAAUGGAAGGAUGGGGAGGCGGGAAGGGAAGUCUGCGUUUACAAUUUCCGGACGGGCACGUGUGUGUAUUACGAUUUGGGCAUUUGA